GUCCAACGAGAACCGCCCGGCCGCACCUCUCCGCCGCAUCCCGUCUAUUGCCCUGUUGCCCUAUUGCCACGCGACGCCAUGCCUUGUCCCAGCCUCCAAUCCGUCUCGAACUCUUCCCCCCCCGACUCGUGACAUAUGCAGCGGCUGACGCAUGGCGACAGUGCAGAAAAGGGAAACAGACGAUUCCCCAGCUUUCUUCCUUAGUCGGCCCCUAAAAAAAAGCGGCGACAACAACCGGGUUCAUCGCAUCAAAUCCACCUCGUUUCAUUGGGGGAGCGCGCGCUUUAUUUGUCGCACGUCGCAUCGUCGCAUCCCGCAUCGUCAGUCGGUAGUCGUCCUCGGUCGCCUUCCGUACGCCCCAGUCAACGCCCAGCCAACACCCGCACCAGCUUUCACCCAGCAAGGGCAAGAGCCUCCCGCGCGCUCGAGUUACCCGGCGACUUCCUCGGUCCAUCCAGCUCUACCCACCCCCUCACUCCUCGCUGCUCCGACUGCCCGUCCCCCACCCCGCAGCCACGACCCGCCGCCGCAGCGCGCCUUCCCCGUUCGUCUAUCCCACUCCCAGGCUCCUUCCUGCUCCCACGGCUGCUGCCCACGGUUGCCACGGCUCUCAGGCUCCCACUCUUCCAGUCCUAGCCCCCCGAUCCCGAACGGACCCUUUCCGAAGGUCCCUUUAUAUUAGUUUUCGUCCCGCGUCCUCUCUUCCUCUCGCCCAUCAUGCCCGCCAUCGCCUUCGCUGCUCCGAGGUCUCUCCUGUCGUCUUCGCUGCGCCGUACUGUCUUUGCCCGUCCCAUCCGCUUCGGAGCCGUCCAAACCGUCUCCCCCUUCGCCGUCCGCACCAUGGCUACCACUAUCCCCAAGAUCAAGGUCAAGAACCCCAUCGUUGAGCUCGAUGGCGAUGAGAUGACCCGUAUCAUCUGGCAAUCCAUCAAGGACAAGUUCAUCUAUCCCUACCUCGAUGUCGACCUGAAGUACUAUGA